CAGCAUUGCGCAGAGCAUGUAGCCGAAACUACACCAGACUGCGGAGCUGAAGUUUUCUGGAUCUGAAGUGAUUUUGAAAACAUUUUCUUUUCUUUUUUUUUCCCCCGGGAAAAAAUAUUUACAACAUUCAGAGCUGCUCUUCGACACCCAACUAGUUUGGAGCUAAAUGACAAGUAGGCAGCGACACAGAAGCACUCAGUGAUACUCGGGGGCACGAUGGAGAGCAAUAAUAAGGGAUUACUUCGCUGUAAGAUCGUGGUGGUCGGCGAUACGCAGUGUGGCAAGACGGCUCUCCUUCACGUUUUUGCCAAAGACUCGUACCCGGAGAACUAUGUUCCCACCGUGUUCGAGAACUACACAGCCAGCUUCGAGAUCGACAAACAGAGGAUCGAGCUCAACAUGUGGGACACUUCAGGUUCAGCCUACUACGACAACGUGCGGCCGUUAGCGUACCCCGACUCAGACGCUGUCCUCAUCUGCUUCGACAUCAGCCGCCCAGAAACACUGGACAGCGUGCUGAAAAAGUGGCAGGGGGAAACGCAGGAGUUCUGUCCUAAUGCCAAAGUGGUGCUGGUCGGCUGCAAGUUGGACAUGAGGACGGACCUCAACGUCCUGAGAGAGCUCUCCAAACACAGACUCAUCCCUGUCACCCACGAACAGGGGACUAAUUUGGCGAGGCAGAUCGGUGCUGUGGCCUACACAGAAUGCACCUCAAAGUACUCGGAGAACAGCGUGCGGGACGUUUUCCACGUCACCACCCUGGCGUCCGUGUCCCGCAUCCACCGGCCUCAGCUCAAACGUGCUGGCUCACGCCGCGGACUCAAGCGGGUCUCCCAGCAGCCGCCCCGGACUGAGAUUCACGAGCACCCACCUGCCAUUAGAAAGGACCGCGCCAAAAGCUGCGUGCUCAUGUAGGACCAGAGUCUGCCAGCCUGACCCGAGUGUGCUGAUGGACAUGAACCCAUACUGCACAUGAACUUAAUUUAUUGGUGAAUUCUUGUCAGAUCUUUGCACUGCAUAAAGGACAAUAUGAUGAAAACAAGAACCAAUGCUAUCCUGUGGAGUUUCUUUGAGGAAUUGUUUGUCCAUCUUUAGCAAAUCUCUCCUUGUUAUUUUUUCUCUGUGGCCGUGUUCUCACCAGGGAAGUCAUUGUUGUGGCUUUUUUUCUUUCACGCUUUAAAACAAACAAGUGGACAAAAAUGGUCGUGAAACAAGGACAGAAAAAAGUGAGUAUGGAGAUGAAAGUGAAAAAAUAACAAUAGGAAGAUCACUUUGCAGGAGCCAGCAGUAACAGUGCUGGGCUUGACCUCUGUUAUGUUGUUUUCCCUGUUUUGAAAUGCUAUUCUCUCUUUCAGUGUUUAAGUAAAUGAAGCACAAUACGAUGCACGCAAACUGUUAAGAGUUAUUCGUAAAUGUCAGGGAAUUAACUCUGCUGUUCUACUUCAUAUAACAAGUUAAAAAUCUGGACAGAUAAAAAAAAAAUCGUGGGCUGAGAUGACACUAAUUUUCUUAAACCACAAGUGCUUUUAAUAUUGAAAAAAAAGAAGAAUAAUCACUCACCACAUAAAACUGAAAGUGUUGUGAAAUUAAUAUUGUUCUAAUAAUCCACACUGGGACAGUAAGUCACAGAGGGAGUAAGGGGGACUGAUAUGUUGUAUAUGUGAUAAUGAAAUAAAAAAACUUGCUCUGCUGAGUGUUGGAACA